CAGCCAAUCAGAGGGCGGCUGUGCUGUGGAGGGCGGAACUGAGACGCACGCUUCCUUUGCAUAAAUGAACCAAAAACUGUGCAGCUGCCCGUAACGUGCUACAUUAAACUGUUCAACGGAGCCGUUAGACGACUAAAAGCCAAAAUGACUGACAGGAAGGCAGUGAUAAAGAAUGCAGACAUGCCUGAAGAGAUGCAGCAGGAUGCUGUGGACUGUGCCAUGCAGGCUAUGGAUAAGUACAAUAUUGAGAAGGAUAUUGCCGCCUUUGUCAAAAAGGAGUUUGACAAGAAGUACAACCCCACAUGGCACUGCAUAGUCGGGAGGAACUUUGGCAGCUAUGUGACGCAUGAGACGAAGCAUUUCAUCUACUUCUACCUGGGCCAAGUGGCCAUUCUACUCUUCAAGUCGGGCUGAAAUCCAAACAUGCCCUCCCAAAACUACUUUAAAUUCAGCCCACAAUACUUCUGUGCCAUGCUGUACAUUGGCUACCACCUUUCUGCAGACAUGCCUACCUCCUGGUUUCCUGCUUGCGUCAGUCUGUUAUUGUUUGCCACCUACAACACUACAACCAUCGCUGAAUGGCGCUUUAGUCAUGCCUGGACUGAUGUGCCAUUUGUAGAAAAUGCCAAUUUCAAACUACUCUCCAUUCCAGCACUCAGUCAGCAUUUUCACAUCUGACAGACUCACCAUGAUGCAUAGUUUCUGCGUAUUGUUUUUGCUGUGCGUUGAUGCACGGGCCUUGUACAUUGUUUCAUAUCGAUAUGUUGUAUAAUAACUUAUUUUUCAUGAUAUUAAAAAGAGCAACAGACAGUUUUUGUUGAAAUGCCUUUACUUUUCAGUGUUGACUGAGAUUGAAUAUAAAUUCCAAGACUGUUGCUUACACUUAAUAAAGAGAGUUACAUGCCAAGAGAUUUCAGGUUUUGUACAUGCUUGAACAUUCCUGUUCCCACUUCAGUUGUGAAUCUUUACAAUGUUACUGCUGUAUAUCUCUGGAAUGUAAUUUAGUGUGCAGUUUGGUAUUGUGAUAUUUUCAACAUGUUGAGCACAAAACAACUUUGACACAGUAAAUUGGUUCAAAAUGUG